UUCAGUUCAGUGCAUUUCGUGUGAGAUCUGUCAGUGGUGCGGGAACUUUACGUCAGAAACUUCGUGCUGGUUUUGGAGCUAGGAAAACGACAGACCAAAAACAUUCAACAAUCUUACGAUGGCUUCUCUCGCAGCAAAGGGUUCCUCGCUGGUGUCGACGCUGCUGACCAACGCUCGGCCCAAGUUCAACGUUUUCAUGAAGUACGCCAAGGUUGAACUGACGCCACCCACCCCCGCAGACAUCCCGGCCAUCCGCGACGGAAUCGCCCGCAUCGUCUCGGGAGCCCGCACCGGAGCCUGGAAGAACCUGACCGUGAAGGAAGCCUGGCUGAACACCCUGGUCACCGCCGAGGUUUGCUUCUGGUUCUACGUUGGCGAGUGCAUCGGCAAGCGCCACCUGGUCGGUUAUGAGGUCUAAGGUCUGAGCGAGCAGCCAUCGGAUAGUGCUAGGGAGGAAUGUUGUUCGGAUCAGUGAGAAUCAUCGAAGGGAUUUCGUGGAUCUUGUAAGCGAUUCGAGUCGAUAAAUAAUUACUAUUCUAAAAAUUAA